AUGAUCAAACUUGUGCUGCUUCUAACCUUGAUAAGCCAAAUUGCGCGGUCGUUUGUUUUGGAUUAUGAGCAAUUAUACAGCUUUACCAGCUACGCGAAAAUUCCAGACGAAGACAGUGUCGGUUAUUUAGAUCCCAGGCCACUCGGCGGAUCGAUGCUCGAUCAAGCUACACCGUUCUUUGGAGAGCCCCUAAAUGUUAUUAUUUCCGCAAAUUCGGAUCCACACGUGUUAUCUAAUCAGGGGCUGCUAGAUUUCGCCAAGUCUGUCGGAUUUGCGGCUGAAUGCCUAAAUUUGCACAUAGGCGGCAAACAGUUUGCUAACCUGGAUGGACACGGAUGGUUUAAGGAAAACAUUGAGCUGAGACAGAGUUAUUUCCCUUACUUUGGUACGUGUUGGGAGUCGUACCAGGGCGGUAACCAUUUUAGAGCAUUCAGGCAAUCAUCCACAGGUGCCUGGUUCCUUGCUGUCAGUAAAGAGAAGAAGAUAAAGGAGAGACACAAGAUCCUUGAAGAUGGAUAUAAUUUGGGACGCGACGACUUGGCCAGCAAAGCCCUGCUUGGAGGAUCUGGGAAUGGAUAUUCGUUUAGGACCUCUAUCGAGUGGAUCGAUGGACUGAUUGAGCCUGGCAGCAACGGCAUCAACCAUCACAUACCUCAGGAUGGCAGAGUGGCUGUGUUGACGGUACAUAACAUGAGACUUGGAACCUUCUUCACAAAGUCCGCGGAGCAGCUACACAAGCAAGCAACAGGAUUAAAGAGCAGCAGCAGCAACAAACUCCUAUCAAUAUCCAAGAAUACGCCCAAUUUCGCUACCAUUCUCUCAUCAGAUAACACCAUAGGUUGUCUCACAGACCCAUUCAAAGCGCGUUCCGUAGACGACGUAUAUUCACUCUCCGGUCGCAAUGCACCUACUGUCGGCCGCUGGAUCAGAAAGCACGUUAUAGACGACGAUGAGCUGGGUGAAUUGCCCGAUUUCAGCAAAUGGGACAAGAAUUCGGAUCCAAGUGUAGGUAUUUGGUCAGGCAGACGUUCGAGAAGUGUUGCACUGCCUCAACAACUCGACGGCGACCCUUUGAAUCAAGACUCUAUAAAGUCUCUCAUCUACUUCACUGAGCCAAACAGUGAGGAUUUCGUACAUACCAUCCACCAGCGAUUCCCACAUGCAAAGAAGUUAGGCCUUGCUCUCCCUCAUACGCCUUUCGAGACUGGUUUCGUACAUACAUUGUCCUUCCCAGGUGGUGCAAUAGUUGGCGGUGGUUUGGUUGGUUUUGGAAGCACGGAGGAAAACAAAACAGAUGCUCCGAAUAUCAAUUUUGAGGGUUACUCACCUUUCUCAGAUGUCCUCAAGGUGACAAACGCAUCUGGCAAUAUCAUACUCAUGCUCAACAACGCCAACGCGUGUAGACAGCUGCUAGAGCUCCUCAACAAGAACAGAAUAGAUAAGGAGGACGAAUACUACGUUGCGGCGUAUAAUGACAACGGCAGUAUCAAAACCAUCCACAGAAUAACCAGCGGCGAUCCUUCUAGAGGGGCUAUAGCGCUUGACACAACGGAUGAUUUGACCCUUGCCCAUGGCAUUCAGUUCAUGAAACGCCAAACCACAUCAACACAAGUCCAAGUUGAUCCGACGCCAGCUGUAACUAAAUCACCCACCAUCAACGCAGUGUCAUCCAGGCAUCCACUCAUCUCAUUACCAUUGGAAGAUGCUCUGGUAGCUCAAGACUGCAUCCACAUUGAGAAUGAAUUCAUCGUGGCUUCCGAGCUGGGUUUCAACACCAGCACAAAUCCAAAACAAACGCCAUGGUCGUGUAAAGUCGAAGCUAGCGCUAAAUUAUUGUUGUAA